GCCCCAGGAACUACUUCCAGAAAAGAGGGUGAGCUACAAAGGUCUCUGUGAGCACUGCAUCAUGGUGAGGAAUGUAGAUGACCUGGACUUUCAUCUGCCUUCACACGCCCAAGACAUGCUGGAAGGCCUGCAGCGUCUGCGCUCCCUGCCCAAGCUGGCCGAUGUCACGCUGCUGGUUGGUGACCAGGAGCUGCCCUGCCACCGCAGCCUGCUGGCGCUCAACAGCCCCUACUUCCACGCCAUGUUUGCCGGAGACUUCGCUGAGAGCUUCUCAGCACGCGUGGAGCUGCAAGACGUAGAGCCGGCUGCCGUGGGGCAGCUGGUCGACUUCGUGUACACGGGCCGGCUGACUGUCACUCAGACUAACGUGGAGGCACUGACCCGCUCCGCCUCACGCCUGUACUUCCCCACGGUACAGAAGGUCUGCGGCCGAUACCUCCAGCAGCAGCUGGAUGCUACCAACUGUCUGGGCAUCUGCGAGUUUGGGGAGCAGCAAGGCCUGUCGGGUGUGGCUGCCAAAGCCUGGGCCUUCCUGCGGGAGAACUUUGAGGCGGUGGCCCAAGAGGAUGAAUUCUUGCAGUUGCCAAGAGACCGGCUGGCCACCUGUCUGGCCAGCGACCUGCUGCAGGUACAACCAGAGCAGAGUCGGCUUGAGGCCCUGCUGCGCUGGGUGCGCCAUGACCCCCAGGACCGGGCUGCCCACCUGCCCGAGCUCCUCAGCCUGGUGCACCUCGAUGCCGUGCCGAGGCCCUGCGUGCAGCAGUUGCUCGCUACAGAGCCACUGAUCCAGGAGUCAGAGGCGUGUCAGGAGGCCCUGUCUCAGGGCCACAGUGCGGCGCUUCCUGGCCUCCCACAGAAGAUGCAGGAGGUACUGGUGGUCGUAGGAGGACGGGCGCUGGAGGAGGAGGAGGAGGGUGAGGAGCCCAGCCCCCACACAGGGAACUUUGCCUUCUACAACACCAAGGCCAGGCAGUGGAUGGCACUUCCGGAUUUCCCCGAUUACCACAAGUGGGGAUUCUCCCUGGCCGCACUCAACAGUGAUGUCUACGUCACAGGUGGCUCACGGGGCACCAAAACAGAUACCUGGUCGACCACCCAAGCCUGGUGCUUCCCGCUGAAGGAAGCUCUCUGGAAGCCUGUGGCACCCAUGCUGAAGGCCCGCACGAACCAUGCCAGUACAGCGCUGAAUGGAGAGAUCUAUGCUAUCGGUGGCACCGCCCUGGACGCCGUAGAAGUAGAACGCUAUGAUCCCUAUACGAACAGCUGGGCUCCUGUCAGGCCAGCCCCCAAGUAUGUCAGCAACUUCUCGGCUGCCAGCUGCCAGGGCCGCCUCUACCUGGUGGGCUCCAGUGCCUGCAAGUACAACAUGCUAGCUCUCCAGUGCUACAGCCCCGUGACAGAUGCGUGGAGUGUCAUCGCUUCACCUUUCCUGCCUAAGUACCUGUCCUCUCCACGUUGUGCUGCCCUCAAUGGAGCCCUGUAUCUCAUCGGUGACAACACCAAGAAGGUCUAUGUGUAUGACCCGGGGGCCAACCUGUGGCAAAAGGUGCAGUCCCAGCACAGCCUACACGAGAACGGCGCAUUGGUGCCUCUGGGUGACCUGUUGUACGUGACGGGUGGCCGCUGGCAAGGCAUGGAGGGAGACUACCACGUGGAGAUGGAGGCCUACGACACCGUGAGAGACGCCUGGGCCCGCCACGGCUCCCUGCCCCGGCUCUGGCUCUACCAUGGGGCCUCUACCAUCUUUCUGGACAUCUCCAAAUGGACACAGCCCUUCAGCCCCACUGCCCCUCAGGAGCACUAGGGGAGGGAGGAGUUCCUGGCUCUGUUCCUCAUGGUCCUGCAGAAUGCCACCCCACCCUCACCCCACCCCACCCCCGCCACCCUUUAUGCUCGUCCUCUGUCUACUGUGAGUUGCUGCCCCCUCCAGGGCAUGGGCUGGGCUCAGUAUCAGAUGACAUAGCUCUGGGGCUACCAACUUUGCCACCAGCUGGAAGAGUGAGACCCUGAUACUCAACUCACAUGCAGCGGGGAGGGGAGGAGCUCUGCUGUCCCUGAAGACCUCAGAGAAAG